ACACUGUAUCCAGAGGCCCUAGGGGCACUGGCGGGAGAAUGUUUUAGAAUAUCUAUAAAGUUGCGGACCAGUUUGUGUAGUUAAAUUUGGCAUGUGAACUACCGCUUUAACGGAAUCAGAAAACCAGAAUAGAUGCAUUGUAGAUCACAAAGAUUUCUGUAAAAGAACAUAAGAUUAUCAAUAGACAUAUUUCUACAACAUAUUUUAUAUCAUUUAUGGCAAUCGUCAAUUGUCGACAUUCGUCGGCGACAAAUUAAUAAUUCUAAUAAUUUCAGUAAACAAAAAAAUAAUAAACCAUCAAUAUAGACGGAUAGUUCGUUAAGCCGUAUAUAAUGUAAUUUUUAACACAAACUCGCACAUUUCGUUCUGAUCGGGUUAUUUUUAUAAAAUAUUUCGAUACUUUCAAGUUUCAGUUCGGAGCGAGAUGAAGAUGGAUGAAGAUAACUGUUUCUUCGGCGACGGCGGCAUUCUAGCUAAGUUUCACCGGAAGAGUCGAUGUUUACGCAAAACCGCUAAAUGGCGACAUCACCGCGUAAAAGAGUGGUCAUUGUCGGUGCGGGUAUUGUCGGUGUGAAUUCGGCGAUGGAAGUUCAGAGGAGAUAUCCGAAUUACGACGUGACGCUGAUUGCGGACAAGUUCAACGGAGACACACUCAGUGACGGCGCCGCCGGAUUGUUGCGGCCGGACACGUACAUUUUCGGUCCCAGCUUAGAAAUCUCUCAGCGAUGGGUCAACGACUCUUAUAGUUUUUAUAAAAAUCUAUUAAAAAAUAGGGAUGAACCAUAUGGCAUAAAUGAAGUUUCUGGUUACAUAUUUUCGACUAAGAAUCCAGAUAUUACAAAAAACCAUUACAUGAACAAUUGUUCACCAGACUUCAGAGAAGCUACAGAUGAGGAAUUAAAAGAGCAUUCGUCUGCUGAGAAUCAACCUAAACUAAACUAUGGUUGCUUCUUUACGUCGAUAGUCAUUGAAUGUAAACUAUUCUUACCGUGGGCUUUAAAAAAAAUUAGCAAUAAUGGCGGAACUAUUAUUAACCGAAAAAUCGAAUCUCUUGAAGAACUAUGUGGAGAAUAUGAUAUUAUUUUUAACUGCACUGGGUUCAGAGCCGGAAAAUUAUGUAAUGAUGUAAAUGUAUUGCCUAUUCGUGGACAAGUUAUUCGGGUCAAAGCUCCUUGGGUUGACAAAUUUUACUAUCGCGAUUCCGACACAUAUAUAAUUCCGUCAAUAAGUGACGGGACUGUCGUACUAGGUGGAUGUAGACAUUUUGGCAGUCAUAACGAGCAGGAGAAUGAACGCAACACAGAAGAAAUACUGGAAAAUUGUAUUAGUUUAUUGCCAUCAUUGCAAGAAGCGUUAAAAACUGACUACAAAGUUUGGGUCGGGCUUAGACCUUAUCGGAACAAAAUUCGUGUAGAAACCGAAUACAUAAAUGAUACUGUGAUUGUACACAAUUAUGGGCACGGAGGAUACGGAGUAACUUUAGCGCCUGGAACAGUGAAAUAUGCAGUUGACUUGUUGACCUCAGUUAACAAAUGAUUUAACAACAUAAUGCAAUUACGUAUUUGGUUAUAGUAGUAUAAUUUAUUAUACUAUAGUAUAUUUAGUAGUCACAUACCUAAUAUUAGUGAUAAUGGUUGGCAUGUACUAUGUAAUUGUUUCGAUUAGUUUAAAGGUCUGAUUUAAUUACGGCUGUAUUCUUGUGAUUAAUCAAAACAUACUUCAUUGAUUAUUUCAAAAAUGUAAUAUUCUUCAGGUAGAUUUAUUUUAUUAUCGAUGAUUGUUAAAAUACCAGUGUGUUAUUGAGUUUAAUAUUAGAUAUAAAUAUUUAUAAUAUGUUAAAUGUAAAUUUCAAUAUUUGAUAUUCAUAGUAAUUAGGUACUAUUU